UGCUGUCCUGGUUUUAAUUGACUUAUCUAAUAAAAUGAUGUAACUGUGCGCAUAUAUACUUCAUUCUGCCUUGACUACUGGUGGAUAAAAGUAAAAUGUUUCUUACCUUCAUUAUCUAUGGAGCUGUUGUAAUAAAUUCAAUAUGCCAUGGAAUAUCGCAGAUAAAAAAUAAAAGGAUAUUUAAAACAGAAGCGGGACAAAGAAUUGUAUCAAGCCUUUUCACAAUAACAACUACUACUGUUUCUUCAACAGCAUGUGCCAGUCUGUGUACCAGCGACAAUGACUGCAAGACAGCAAGUUAUGAUGAUAUCACAAAACAAUGUAAAUUGGAUUCCGACUGUAACCCAACGACAGAAAAUUGGCAAAAUGGAAUUCUAAUUCGAUUAAGUAACAUUCCUGCUGAUUGCUCUGGAUUUCCGGAAGGAACUAUCGACGGGGUCUACACAAUUUCCGUAAAUAACGACUGUAUAUAUGUUUACUGUGAUAUGGUGGAUAAAUGGACGGUGAUACAAAGACGACAAGAUGGCUCAACAGAUUUCUAUAGAGACUGGUCGGAUUAUAAGAAUGGAUUUGGUAAUCUAUCAGGAGAAUAUUGGCUUGGUAACGACAACAUUUUCAGUAUUUUAAAUGGAAAGUCGUAUAGUUUAAGGUUUGACUUAGAAGACUGGUCUGGAGAGUGGCGCUAUGCUCAGUACGAGAUGUUUAGUAUAGCGGAUGAGUCGGCAGAUUACGAAUUAACAUUGGCAGGAUAUAGCGGGGAUGCUGGUGAUUCCAUGUUGGAUAGUUAUCAGCCAUUAAAUUUGAACGGACAGCGAUUUUCCACAAAAGAUCGCGACAAUGAUAAUGAUCCAAAUGGGCAUUGUGCUUUGACACAGAAAGGUGGAUGGUGGUACAAAUGGUGUACCUAUGCUAAUCCGAAUGGACUUUACUUUCUUGGAAAUGAGCCUGGGCACUCUGGUAUCUACUGGUAUCUAUGGAAUAAUUCAAUACCAUUCUAUCCCAUGAAAUCUGUUACAAUGAAGAUAAAACGUCUACCUUGAGGAAAAGGAUCUGCUACAAAUCGUUUGACGCCAUAGACGAUUUACCUGAAUUAACAAAGUGUACUUUGAUCUAAAUUUCUCUUUAUCACCUAAUAAUUUGUGUUUUCGUGAUUCGAGCAACGUUCAUUUCUUGUCAAUUUUUUUUUGUUAUUUUUUUUUUUUUUUUUUUUUUUAUAAUAAUCCUUUUCAUCGGAA